GGACGGUGUAUCCGCGAUCAGGCACCAGUUGUUCUAUUCUCGAUAUCGAAUGUUUAUAUUGUGGAGCGUCCUCAGCCACGUCGCAGCAACAACCCGAAUAAAUCACAGGAGUAAAUAGUGGCAGUGAGACUGAAGUGCCCUGAUCUGCACGACGUCACCGUCGCUGUGUUUAUUACAGUCAAUCACACGCUCAACAUCAAGUUUGGCCGCUGCAAGUCCAAGUCGAGAAUAUCCAUACACUUGUCAACAGGCUGUUCGAGCCCGAUUCCAAGACCCUGAACAAUCGCUUGGCCCCGACAGUCUCUGUCUUUUCGUCAAUAACAUGUUCCUGUCCAAGUCCAUGCUAUCCUGACCGGCCACGUCGACAUGGCUCCUCCGAUUGAGAUCUCCAUACCCAAUACCACAGUCGCAGGCUCCUCAAAACCGUACACCCUCUACAACAUAUCAUUGCGGCUUCCGCUUCGCUCAUUUACUGUCCAGAAACGAUACUCCGACUUCGUGGUUCUACACAAUGGACUCACCGACCAAGUUGGCCAGCCGCCACCAGUCGCCCUUCCCCCGAAGUCCUGGUUCUCAAAAACAGUCGCCAAUCCCCAGUUGACAGAAGAGCGCAGGCAACAGUUGGAAAAGUACCUAAAGACCAUCAAUGAGAUAGACGAUUCACGGUGGCGCAUGACGAGCGUGUGGAGGGCCUUCCUCAAUCUUCCCAGCUCGUUUGCAAGUCAGACAUCAAGUAAAGCAGGGGCUCUGCAUUCGGUCAUUACUGGGCCAGCCCGUGGCGGCGCUCCUAUCACGGAUCCUGUUAUAUGGUUGGAUUGCUAUCGAGACUUAAAGACCCAUCUACAAGACGCCCGCUUGAACCUGACGAACCGCGAUCAAGCCUCGACUGCACAGAAACAACACGAAGCCAGUGCUGCGGCCAAGAGUAGUCUUGUCAAGGCGGGUUCGUUGAUAACUGCCCUUGAAGAGGGCCUGGUCAAUAUCCAAAAGGCAACAGAUGGCGAAUGGGGGGUCCAGAGACUCGGUGAUGGAGAAAUAAGGAGGAGGAAGGACUUGAUAGCAUCUGCAAAGAAGGACCGGGAUGGCCUUGAGAAUCUCCUGAAUGCGAUGGCCACCAAGUCAAAGCUAGAUAAUGCGGUUGCAUCUAUGCAAGAGACGCGGGAUCUUAUUGGGACCAAGCCCAAGGCUACUGGGCGAGUGCUGGGAAAAGAGACUGCAGAAACCCGAGAGCUGGACAAUCAAGGCGUAUUGCAGCUGCAAAAGCAGAAGAUGGCCGAACAAGAUCUGGAUGUAGAAGAACUGCGCAAGAUCGUGCAAAGGCAGAAAGAACUGGGCAUUGCUAUCAACCAAGAGCUCGAGGUGCAAAAUGAGAUGUUGAGAAUGGUUGACGAAGACGUCGAUCGUGUCCAGGGCAAGAUCAACAUUGCAAAGAGACGGAUAGGCAAGAUUUCUUAGUCAGGAUGAAAUCACAUAAUUCGUCAAUUGGGUAUCUUUAACUUUGCUCAUCUCGUCAGUCUACAUGUCCGAAUUUACUCCUUGAGGCUCAUGAAAGUGUCGGCAUCUGCCCGGUUCACGUCUGAAGAGGGAGAGACGUCGUCUGUAAUCAACCCCAGCUUGCUGACACGGAUUCGGUACCACAAAUCUGUGCGGUUACCACCCAAUUUCCCUGAGACGAGCUUCUUCUUCAACCCGCGCAGGAGAUCGUUGUACAAGCCUGGCUCCUCGAGGCCUACAACCUCCUCCCGAACCACAGAAAGGCCCUCUAAUACUCGAUCAUAGUUGACAUCGCCAAAACUCUUCGAAAUCCAGUCCUCCAUGAUGGAGCCCAUCUGCUUAACGGCAUCCUUGGCCACAUCCAUAUCGGUAGAGUACUCUAUCAUCUGCUUAAACUCGGG